AUGACCAUGUUGGACGUAAAAGACGACAGCUUUCACGUCACACGUGAAGGCUACUCCCAUCUGAGUGACUCAAAGUGGGAGGUAGUCGGCCGCAUGAGUGUGCUCAUGGGCGAACCCGCCAUCAGUGGCAUGUUGGAGUUCCUAAGCAGAGACAAUCAACAUGCUGCUAUCAACAAGUUCCUACAAGGGGACUUGCCGUUGAAAGAUAGAAGACAUCCUUGCUACAGCGGCAAGGCUCUCAUCAGUCGAUGGGUGGGCCGACGCGCAUGUGUCGAGCCGAAACCUUGA